AUGACGGACGAAAAAAAUACAUUUGAAAACAAUUGUGACGAUAAAUACCAGUGUCGAAGUCCCAACGAUGAUGAGUACUAUUGUAAUGCUGAGCCUACCGGGGUCUAUAAUGGCGGUUGCCUAUCAUUGGCCCAACAAUUGUUGGCAUGCCGUUUUCAUGAUCACCAGUCAGCUGUUUGUGGGGCCAAAUCAACAACGGCUGGCCAUAGUACAGCAAAUGAGCAGAACGACGAUACAUCCCGCCGAAUGGAUAUAUACGAAAAACACUCGGAAGAAACGUUAAUUCGAAUAUGGCACAUACAGUGUACCAUUGUGGUGACGUUAAUAGCCAUAGCAUUGGCUCGUGUGGCGGUUCACAAUAAAUUCAUAACAGCCCCAAAGGUGUCAAGGAAUGGGGGUGGUGGGGCGAUGUCAUCAUUCAUGAAAGUGUUUAUAUUAGAAUUUCUGGUGAUCUCAUUGCCAGCUGUUGUAAGUGUAAAUAUUCUAAACAGCUAUGUUGAGUAUAUUUUGGCAAUUGCCAUAAUGGCGCUGAUUGCAAUUGUAUGGCGCUCAAAGUGUAUGGAACGAGCCAGCGAACGUGUAUUUGAAUUUGGUCGCCGACCUAUAAUAUUUACACUACUACGCGCCACCAUUAGCCUAUUGACCGCCCUGUGUAUAUUAGCCAUUGAUUUUGAAAGUUUCCCAAAGAAAUUUCGUAAAACUAGACGUUAUGGUGCCGGUCUUAUGGAUGUUGGUAUUGGUCUAUUUGUUUUCUCCAUGGCCCUGGUAUCACCUAAAGCGAAACGGUUAGUGGAUUUAAGGAAAAUGCUCGUACCCAUUGCUUGUAUGUUAAUAUUGGGUUUGGCUCGUACCAUUGUCAUAACCACGAUUGAUUAUCAUCAGGAUGAACACGAGUAUGGGGUGCAUUUGAAUGCAUUCUUUACAUUGGGUUUGACGAAACUAUUUGCAACCGGAUUGGGAUUUAUGGCCAGCAGUGAUAAACAUUUGUUGCCAAUGGGUAUUGCGAUUUUGAUUAUACACGAAAUAACCCUGCAGUGUGGCAUAUCUUCCUUUGUAUUGAAUCCGGAUUUGGAACGAACAAAUUUCCUAACUGCCAAUCGUGAGGGCCUUUGUUCGCUGCCUGGUUUUAUUGCUCUCUAUUUACUCUCACAAUACAUUGGACAAUGGAUCAAAUCAAAGGAUGUCCUGAAUUUCCAAGAAAUUAAACAAAAGCUGAUACACCUAACAGUUGCCGGUGUUGCACUGUGGCUGAUUGUCAUCAACAGCACUAUGGUAAUAGGUAUCGCUCGGGUUACCUGUAAUUUUGGUUAUGUCACCUGGAUGUUGGCCAUAGCCGUUACCAUGUGUGCUUUAUAUUUAUUUGUAUUCGAUAUAGUAUUAGACACCCUAUUACCGGUUAAUGGGGAACCAAUAAUGGAAAUGCGUCAGCCUUCCGAAAAGGUUGCACUAACGUCAAACGUUGGUGGUUGGUCUAAAAUUCCCACCCUAAUAGAGGCUAUAAAUUAUAAUGGUCUAAUUUAUUUUUUAUUGGGUAAUGUUCUGACGGGUGCUGUAAAUAUUUUCCUCAAAACAGAUGAGAGAACCGAUACAGAAAGUGUGAUAAUCUUAAUGGGUUAUAUGUUCUUAACAAGUCUAGUGGUUAGUUUAAUGUAUCGUUAUAAAUUAAGAAUAGCAUAA